AUUUGGUAUUUUUUGGCAUCUUAUCCAUGCCUUUAUUACUACCAGCGGCGUAUUCUUGGGUGUGGCCUUUUUCUUCCGAUGCUGUUUGCUCGUAGCUUCUGUGACGAUAUUCCGAGAUCGUAACUACUCCAGGAACGUCAUUUCUAUCAACAACAGGAAUGUCUAUUUGGUGUUUUCGUAUUUCUGGUUUUUUGUUGGUCUUCCGAUGGGUGUCUUUUCCGCCAUUUUUCGUAUCUUGAAAAUAAUGGCUGUGGGACUUCUGAUGUUGCCAAGAAUUGAUCAUAGCAUUUUGCCUGAUGGAUUCCAAUGGCUCGAUCCAGGUUACAAUGCGUACGUCUGUUAUCUUCACGUCCAAGCAGCUUUUAGAAACCCAGUUCUUCGAGUGUUUUGUCAAAUACUGAUCGAUGAUCACGAGACACGGAACAACCGAAAUGACCCGAAGUGGACUCGUUCUCCCCAGGCCCGCGCCAAGUGGUUCAUUGCACUCACCUUGGCACGCAACCCACAACUAGCCGCAGAGCGUAAACGUGUGAGGAUCGCACUCCUUCCUGACAGUCCGGUUCAAGAACUGUGUGUCAACAAUGGCGACGUCAAGAUCGAUGUUGUUGGUCACUAUGGCCCAAUACAGGCGAAGUAAACGAUAUUCAGCAUUUCAGCUGCCGUCUAGUUUUAUGUUUCAUUUUGUGUUUUUUGAAGUUUAUAGUUAGAAAACUUUUAUACGUAUAGGAGAGAUUUGUGAAAAAUAUUUGCAUUUCACAAUAGAAAACGGUUAAUAUUGGGCUCUUGCACUGAGUGACCCAUGACGUAUUGACGUAUCAAAAAAGUAGUCCGCUGAUUUCUACAACUUUUUGGAGCCUUAAAUGCUUUUGAAAUCGCAGGCAAAAGUGUAAACAGCAGUACUACAAUUUAAGGCAUGUUUGUCAACUGGUAGUAAUAAUAAACCGAAAUUUGCGAAUUAUGACGUCACUUGCGAGAGCUCACUUUAAGGCAAGGUGUUGGGUUUAAGUUGUGUUUAUUUUCAGAAAAAUACUAAAGAUUAAAAAAAAUAUAGUGGACAGAGAGGGGAACCCCUAACUUCUAUUUUGUGUGCAAAACAUUGUUUGCUUCCAAUUUCUCUAUAAUACUGAUUUCAUAACUCCUACACAAUGAGUACCCAUGUCACAUUUGUGACUGUGUGUCAGGAAAUUGCCAAAUACUUCCAUAGGCAUCCCAAAUACGGUGUACCACAAUGUUGACAAAUUGCCGAAAAGUU